UCCCAUCUGGCUUUGCGGUUGACAGCAAGGCUUCUUUUUCCCCAGCACUACUUUGAACGGCGAGGAGUUGCACUUGAGGACGCCGGCUUGAGGUUCGUUCAUGAGAAAAAAGAGGGGGCUGUCAUGGCCGAUGCUGCGGCUUGUCCUUCUUUCCGUCUCGGGGAGUCACGCUACGACCAGGGUUCCUUUCUUGGCCGACUGAGACAUUUUGUGGACAUCAUCGAUCCAAGCACACUGUUUGUGUCAGAGAAACAACUUAAAGAGAGCAUCAAACUCCUGGAUGACUUCAAGCACGGAACACUUCCACCAGGAAUCUCCAACCAUCAGUUAUGGGAAGCCCAGAAGGUCAAACAGGCCAUCAUUCAUCCUGACACGGGUGACAAGAUCUUUAUGCCGUUCCGAAUGUCAGGUUACGUACCGUUUGGAACGCCCAUUGUCAUCGGCCUUCUUCUGCCCAAUCAGACUGUGGUGUCCACCAUUAUAUGGCAGUGGCUGAAUCAGAGUCACAAUGCUUGCGUCAAUUAUGCCAACCGCAAUGCCACAAAGCCAACGCCAACGUCCAGAUUCCUGCAAGGUUAUUUUGGAGCUGUGACCAGUGCAGUGUCUAUUGCAGUGGGACUUAAUGUGCUUAUUCAGAAGGCCAAUAAGCUGAGUCCUGCCACCAGAAUGAUAAUACAGAGAUUUGUCCCAUUUCCAGCAGUUGCAAGUGCAAACAUUUGCAACGUGGCCCUGAUGAGACACAACGAGCUGUCAGAAGGCGUCGAUGUGCGCGACCCCAACGGGAAGGUGGUGGGCUCCUCCAAAAUCGCAGCCACCCACGCCAUCGCAGAGACGGCGUUCACACGUGUGGUACUCCCCAUGCCCAUCUUUGUGCUACCCCCCAUCAUCAUGUCCUACCUCGAGAGGCUGCCCUUCCUGCAGAAGAACCGCAGACUGAUGCUGCCCAUCCACAGCAUUGUGUGUCUGCUUACCUUUGGCUUGUCGCUGCCCGUGGCCAUCAGCCUCUUCCCGCAGAUGUCACAGAUUGAGGUGUCUCGCCUGGAGCCCGAGAUCGCCAUGGCAACAGAUUGCAAAGUGGUGACCUACAACAAGGGUUUAUGAUGGAUGACGUGACGGUCCGAGAGAAAACAAGGAUGUGAUGAGAAGAACAUUAACACAGAAACUUAUUGCAAUCUGUAUGUAUAGAAAUAUGAUCAAAUGAAAUGCAUUUUAUUAAUAUAAUGUGAUAUGUUGUAAAUAGGCCACAUUAAUAGACACAUUAAUAGUUUAAACAUGCAAUAACAGUAUUUGCCACAAGAGAGCAUCAAAAACUUGCAUUGCUAAAGAUAUUUUAAAUUGUGUUUCCUAAUAAAAAUAUACUGGUAAUAGUAAUGUAUUUCUAUAUAUUUUUAAAUUUAGUAAUUUUUGAAAAUGAUUUCCAAUAAAUACAAUUUUAUACAGUAAUUAUAAAUUAUUUGUACAGUUUUACGUACAUUACGUAUAUCAUUUUACAGAAUCGCCAUAUAGCAGUUGUCGACGUUUUUGAACCAGUUCAUAAACAACUCCCGGGCCUUGUCGUUUGACUUGAGUAAUAAUGUUCCAAUAUUUUCAUAAUUAAAAACCUAUCACGAUUCACAAUUGCUGCUGAAUUUCACUGUUUAAGUAAAUGGCACCAUAAUUAAUCAUAUUACCAUUAAUGUAUUUUGUCAAUUGACAUUCAAGAUGGUGCAUAUUUUCAUGUAUUUGGAUUUAUUUUAUAUAUAUAUAUACCCUUACAAGACCACACAUGGGUCUAAUAACUUACUCAAUACUCCUCAAUAAUUGUUAAUUUAUUUAAAUUAUUUGUUGCUUGGUUGUCUAUCACUGGGUGUGUUAUUUUAUUUUUACACUUUUUUUAGUCAUAUUGCAGGGUAAUAUUGCUCUGUAACUUAAGAAGCACUGCACUAAAUAUUAGUGCAAUGAAAGUCUGUGCUACUAUUGUUCUAUGUGGAUGUAAAAAUGUCUGUCUGAUUUAAAAUUGCCUGAAAUAACUGACACAUGCCAAGCAUUUUGACACCAACAAUGUGAAACAGUCAUUUCUUCAUUAUUUUGUGGUAAUUUGUACGGUAUGCACUCCUAAUAAUUAAUUUUGCAUACAAUUUUUCGACCAAUCCUAUAUCACUAACUGACGUAAAAUGAUUGUUAUUAAAUAUAUACUUGUAAAAUUUACACUAAAAAUUCACUGGCUGCAAAGUGCAUGGUCUAAAUAAAUAUACUUAAUAUA